UGUCGCAACAGUCUUUCAUAUCGGUCGUCACAAAAAAAUUUGUUAAAAUUGUUUUAUUCAACAAAAUAACUAUUAAAAACCGUGAAAAAUUACAAGUAUUUAUUGAAAAUUUAUUCACUAUCAAUAUUUACUUAAAAGUGAUAAACAGUGAGUGAUUUUGAUAUAUCGUUUUAUUGCUACGGAGUAAGGUAACGCUUCAAGAUAACCUAAAAGUCACGUGACCGUGAAGUGAUAGAAGAAACAACAAUUAUUAGACAUUACGAGCUAUAUUUUGAAUAUUGUAAGCAAUAAAGUAGUUCAUUCGCGUAUCAUGGAUUCCAAUACUCACAAUCUAAUCUUCUGUGCUAUCAAGAAUGGCAACCCCGAAGGAGUAUCGGUACUCCGAGAAAAAGGAGUCCUUGUUGGAGAAAAUCUUGGAUUAUUUUUGUUGGAUACCAUUGAAAAAAAUGAUCUCGUCACACUGAAAAUGCUAAUUGAUCACGGAUUAACAUAUAAAGGAACCAUUGAUUUCAAAAUUCUUCUUCAGGCUGUUAUAAAUCAAGGGAAUCCAUUAAUGAUAAAAGAAAUUCUACCUCACUGUGGAUUUUCAAAGCCAUCAGAACUAUAUAUUCCUAAAAAGCUUGUAAUUGAAACUUAUGCACAAUAUAAAGAUUGUGUCAAGUUGUUGCUAAAGUGGAAUUUUACUGUCGAUCCAGAAAGUCAUCACGACGAAGAAUUCGUUUUUAAAACUGUUGAAAAAGGUUAUGUACCAAUUUUUCUCGAAUUAUUAAGAUUGGGAGUUGACAUUAAUAUGACAAAUUCACGAACCGGAAUAAAUUUGCUUCUCAUAGCUUGUUUAAAAAAACAUUAUGAGAUUAUUAAUAUUCUACUCCAACGUAAAGCAGAUUUAAGUAAAAAAGUAUUUUGUGGUUAUGUACUUAAGCACAGUCUACGUGUACGUGAUAAUUCAUAUAUUUAUAAUAAAUUGUUUAAAUUAUCUAGUCAUCGUAGUUUGAGUUACAUGACAUGCCUACACAUUGCUAUUUUUAAUGAUGAUAUAUUGAUGAUUAAUAUGUUAUUAAAUCACGAUAUCACAACAAACAUCGACAGUGUAGGAUUGUUUAGGUUAACUUGUUAUGCUGUACAUAAUAAUCGUGAACAAAUUGUUCGAACACUUUUAAACCGUGGUGUUACUGCAGCUGAUAUUAAUCCAAAUGGGAAAACUUUCUUGAAUUUAUCUCUUAAAAAUGAUCUUCAACCUCAUCACAACGACCUCAGAUAUAACAUUGUUAAGAUUCUUCUCGAAAAAGGAGCAACCCCCAAUCUCCAGAUUCCAAGGAAUAGAUUUGUUUUUGAUGCAGUAAAAAAUGGACAUUAUAAAAUAGCUAAACUGUUCCUAGAUAAUCGUGCAGACAUUCAAUAUGUCAAUUCACGUCGUGAAACAUUAUUCCAUAAAGUCGUAGAAAAUGAUUUUGAUAUAGCAUUUAUUAAAAUAUUGCUGAAACGUGAUGUGCAAGUUAAUGUUAAAAACUAUAAGGGACUCACACCACUCAUGAUUGCCUGUAAAAAGCAAUCGAAAAAUCAAUUGGAUAUUGUUAGAAUACUGUUGAAUUUUAAUGAUGAUAUCAAUUGUACUGAUAAUGAAUCAAAAUCCCUUAUACAUAUGGCAUGUAAUGAUCAAAAUCCAGAUCUUGUCUCCAUUCUGCUAGAAAGGGGAGCCAAUCCUAAUGUUGUUGAUCGGGAAAAUGAAACACCUCUUCAUUAUGCUUGCUAUCACAACAGUGUUGCAUCACAAAAAGUAAUUCAGUUACUGUUGGAUCAUGGAGCAAAAAUAGAUGCUGUAAAACCAAGUGGAUGGACACCACUUUUCAAAGCUUGCAAUAACAGCAAUGGAGCAGCAGUUGAAUGUCUAUUAGCUAAUGGUGCUAAUCCUAAUGCUGUUGAUAAAAAAGGCCGAACACCUCUUCAUAUUAUUUGCAAACAUAAAGACAUCACAGUUGUUAGUAUAGUGAAAUUAUUAGUGGACCAUGGUGCAAAUAUUAAUGCUGUGGAUGCAAGAGGAUGGACACCACUUUUUGUUGCUUGUCAGGAAAGUAAUAAUCAAGUGGUGGAAUAUCUUUUGAUAAAUAAUGCGAAUUGUAAUGCUACUGAUGAUCUGGGUCAAACACUUUUUCACAUUACUGCCAAACAAAUACGUAAAUAUCCUUAUGAUGAAGAAUUACAUAAUAGAUUAAUUAUGAGCAAAAUGCAAUUAUUGUUGGAAUAUAAUGCAAAUAUUAACUCGGCUAAUAAGGAAGGACGGACUCCACUUAUGAUAGCUUGUCAAUUUGCUAAUGACACAAUAAUUCAAUACUUUUUGCGUCAUAAUGCUAAUCCGAAUGCUGUUGAUCACUGGGGUCGGACACCACUUCAUUUCGUUUGUCAUCGUAAAGAUAAAAUGGCUAAACGCAUCAUAGAAUUAUUUUUAAAAUAUGAUGCUAAUAUUGAUAUUGCAGAUGUUAAAGGAUGGACUCCACUUUUUGUAGCUUGUAAAUCAAGUAGUAGUGAAGUGGUACAAUGUCUUCUAGACAAUCAUGCCAAUCCUCAUCGUGUUGAUAUAGAAAAUUCAUCUCUUCUUCAUAUUGCUCCAAAAAAUUGUCGUGGUAUUGUUUAUCAGUUAUUGAAUCACAAGGUAAAUGUUCAUAGUAUCAACAAAUAUAAAAAAUCAAUUAUUCAUUGUAUUGUUGAGGCAAAUGAUGAGAUCCUUAUGAACAAUUUCAUGUCGAUGGAUAUCAAUAUUAAUUCUGUUGAUAAUGAAGGAAACACUCCUCUUCACAUUGCUGUUAAAAAAAUAUCAGAAUCAAUGACACGAACUUUGUUACAUCAUGGUGCUAAUGUAAAUAUUUUGAAUAAUAAUAAUAAAACACCUCUUCAAAUGGCCUUGGACAUUUUGCAUCAAAUGAAUGAACCGUCUGCUAAUGAUGAUCAUAAUAAUCGUAUAGGAAAUGUUGUAGAUAUACUUAAAGUACAAGUGAUUAAGUUGAAAGUUGCUGGAUUGAUAGUACAUAACCAAAAUUUAAAUGUUAUUUAUGAUUCUCAUAAUGGUAAAUUAAAUCUUAAGAAACGUUCUAAUGAUAACGAUAUGGAUACUUACGAAGAACUGCUUGAGAGAAAAUUUGAACGAGAACUUGCAAUGAUGAAAAAGACAAAUAUUAAUAUUGAUAACCUCACAUUUUAUGAUUUGUUAACAAAACAUAUUCGUCUACUCAGUCAAUAUGUUGAAAAUAAGAAUCUCCAAGAAAUUCUGACAUCGAAAAAUCAUGAAAGCGAGUUUCCAUUUUAUAUGCAGGUUAUCAAGGAUCGAAUUAAAAAAGCCAUGAUUCAAUCUGAAAAAAAUUACUUGAUGUAUUAUACAAGAGAUUAUUUCAAGUUAAAUAGGAGUCAACGAUUACCAGAUGAAUGUAUAGAAAUGGUAUUGAAUUAUUUAAAUAUUGGAGAAUUGAGGAAUUUUGUUGAAAUUUUAAAGCCAUUAACAUCGUCGUCUCCUAGUGGCCCUCUGUGAUAAUACAUAUCCAUUUCCGUCAGACUUACACACGCCUGCUUCUCUUCUGCAUUACACUGCCAUGCACCUUCUUAUGUUGAACUUCUGACGAAAAUCUUACGUCCUCUGCUCUUGAACAACGGCAGAGACAUAUGUGAAUAACUGACAAGGGUCAGUUCCAUCAAAGAACAGGAAGAAAUUUGGAUUGACUUCAAACAAAAAUGUAAGAAUGAUAUAUGUUUCUUACUCUAGUGGAUUUGAAGCAACUUAUUAUCAACUUUAAAACAACAGUCUCAAUGAGCAAUAAAAAAAACGGUUAGUUAACUGACGUGCAAUGUUUAAACAACUGUUAACCGUAAUGCGACCUUUCUGUUUUUUUUUAUAAAUAUACAAACUAUUAAUUUUAAGCAAAUGUUUAUGAACGGUUAACUGAUAGUUAAUAAAUCACACAUUUUAAUUGUUGAUUUUAGGUAAAAUUACUCUAAAAUAACAUCAAAUAAACGCCGAGUUUAUUUUUAAUCCAAUUGCAACUCUCAGUUAACAGUUGACAUGAAUCCAUCAGGGUAAAUACCCCAGAAAAAAUUUCUACGAAGAGAUUUUAUGUACAUAUAAUAUGUAGAACUUUUUUCUUGGGUAGCGAUUAUAUUAUGAAAAACAAAUUGUAAUUAUUUUUUUCAGUUGUACUAAUUUUACAACGAUGUUGUUUCUAUACGAUAAGACAUAAUUGUACAGGAUACUAAAUAAAAACUAAAUUAUUUACAGUAAUUUAACUACUCAGUAUACACUGAAUAUAACAGCAAUAUAACACAAAGGUAACAAUAUGUAACAAGUUAUAUAACGAAAAGUUACAUAUAUGUUAUAUAACUGUGAUAUAUUGUCAAUGUAACAAGUUUAUAUUGUAGAUGUCACACCCAUGUGACGUAGCUGUAUAACGUAGUUAUCUAAUGGCAAUAUAAUUAGCGUUACAUGCAUGUAUAUAACACUGUUAUGCUAGUAGUAUAUAUUUUUUGUUAUUUAAUGUUAUGUUUCUAUGAUAUAAGACUGUAAUCUCUAUGUUACAUUACAUUUGUUAUGCAACUGUUAUUUAAAUGUUACAUAAUAUAUUUUUACUAAUUUUAGGUUACAUUUGUUGCAUACGCGCAAUGUUCUUGUAAUGUAACAUCGCCACAUCGAUGUUACAUACGUUCUUUGUAUUGACGGCAUAUUCUACGAAUGUAACAAUACAAAAUUCUGGUUAUAGUUGCUUUUCUUUUCAAUGUGUAAAUAAACUGAGAUUGAUAGCAGAUCAGGGUAAUUGUUUUUAAGCUAUAAGGAUAUUUUACAGUUCAAGAACUACUUGUGUACCUGAAUUGUCAGAGAAUUUCUCGUUCACUUUAUUAUUGGCUAUGUGUAUUUAAUACUCAGAAAAUAAGGAUUUUUUUAUCAAUUUGUUUAA